AUGUACUUCCUAUUUUAUUCACUCAAUCCUAAUCGCGUACACAUCUGGCGAACGCAUGUGGCCGAAGCCUUUCGACCGAACGCCGUCGGUAAAUGUGUACGACCUAACAAACGCAUGUGUUUGCCUUCGCGAGAGUUCGGUCACUGGGCGGUACAUCAAAAGAAAAUUGAAGAACGAAUUCGUUUGGCUGUGUUUAGUGUGUACGCUUUUCAGUUUUUAAGUGUCUCAUCGUGGUCAUUUUGUUUUGAGUUUCUAUUUAGCGAUAAUGGAGUGGACUAA